UCAAAAUGUUCAAGACACUCAAACUGAAUUUCUUUCCUCAAAAAGCCAAAAACCUUUCCCUCUUUUUCUUUACAAGCAAAACCCACAACUCAAAAAUCACCCUUCAAGACAGACCCACCACUGCUCCAACCCUUCUGGUCACAACUCACACUCACCACCACCACCGCUACCGCCACCUCCGCCGCAGCAAAUACCACCACUAUCAUGCCUCCUCGCGACAGCUCUCAAUCUCCUCUCCUCAGUCUCCAUUUACUAAUCCUUCUCUUAUCUAUAAUCACCUUCCUUCUCUUCUUCAUCUUCUUCUUUACAGUCCCUAAUACUCACCACAACAACAUCAUUAACAAUAAUAAACUCCGAUCACCACCGCCGCUACCGGUUAAGAAGAGCUGGCCGGACUCUCUCAGUACAUUUCUUGUAUUAUUUGCUAUCCUCUGCGGAGUCUUUGCUAGAAGAAACACCGACGAUCCUCCUUCUUCCGGCGACGACGGUAUCCGAAACAACGAUAAUGUUGGCCGCAAUGUUUUAGAUAGCAAGGAACCUGGAAGCAGCCACGUGUCAAAUCAUAAUUGGUUCGAUGGUCGUAAUCAGUUUGCUUCACCGGCGAUGCCUGUACGGAGGUUAAAGAGAAACAGUAGCUCAUAUCCAGAUCUCCGGCAAGAAUCCUUAUGGCAAUCCGAUGACGAUGAUGUUAACCGAUUCAGAUUCUUUGAUGAUUUUGAAAUAAGCAAGUUUAGAUCAUCUGAUUAUAGUAAUAUUAAUAAUAUUAAUAAUAAUAAUAAUCGGAGACAGAGAAGCGGUUAUGUAUUUGAUCAAGAUUCUCCGAUUGUUAAAGAAAUUCCGGUUGAUACUUACGUGAUUAACCGCUCAUCAACGCCAACUCCGCCACCAAUGUCGCCAGCUCCGCCUCCUCCUCCACCACCGCCACCGCCGGUAUCAAGAAACCAUCAUAGACAGAGAAGAAGUCAUAGAACAGUUCCUCGUGAAGAAAAUGAAGGUGAAGUUCAAAAUCCUCCGCCUCCUCCACCACCACCUCCUCCUCCACCACCGUCAGCUCCGGCGGUUACGAAGAAACUGGAACGCAAGAAGAGUAAUGCGACUAAGGAGAUAAAAAUGGCUUUGAUUUCAUUUUAUCAUCAGAGUAAAAGAAAGAAGAAACAGAAAACUAGGAAUUUUUACAACGAACACUCUCAUUCUCAGCCGCAUUCUUUCACCGUACCACCGCCAUCACCGCCUCCUCCUCCACCUCCUCCGCCAUCAUUCCAUAAUUUUUUCAAAAAGAGCGGCAAAAAUAAGAGAAUUCAUUCAUUCUCUGCUCCUCCACCGCCACCGCCACCUCCACCACGACAGGAUACACUCUCGAAAAGGUCGUCCAAGCGUCAAACAACACCUCCUCCGCCAACUCCACCGCCGCCACCGCCAGCACCGCAAACACCUCCACGAGCACCAAUAAGGCGAGAGAGAUACACUCCCACGGGCCGGCCACCAUUGCCGACGAGAGUUAGUUCAUAUGAGGAAAACAUGAAUAGCGGAGGACAAUCACCACUAAUUCCAAUGCCGCCUCCGCCUCCACCGCCGCCGUUCAAAGUGCCAGGGUUUAAAUUUAUGGUGAGAGGAGAUUAUGUUAAAAUACGGAGCGCACACAGUUCGCGAUGCAGCUCUCCUGAGUUGGAGGAGGUCAACAGACAGUCAACGGAAAGGGUCAACGCAAUGGAGGGUGGAUCUGUGUUCUGUCCCAGCCCAGAUGUGAAUUAUAAAGCUGACUCUUUCAUUGCGAGGCUUAGAGGAGAAUGGAGGAUGGAGAAGAUAAAUUCAGUGAAGAACAGAAGUAUGGGCCUUGGCCCAGAUUCAAGCCCAUCUUCGAUAUGAAAAACUUACUGAAGUCUGCACACAAAGAAAACAAGUACUGGUUUAACAUGAUGAUAGUUAAAGAAAAAAUACUAGUAUUAUAUAGGGUGGGGCUCGAGUCGGGUAUGGUUUUUUUUAUUACCCAUAAGAGCUUCUUUUAUAGAGAAUUUGGCGUGGAGUUUUUGAUUUUUUGUUUUGAAAGUUUGAAAUGUCGUUUGGAUAAUGAAAGAUAGAGUUGAUGUAUAGGAUAUGUUAGUGAUUUUGAUGAAGUUGGUACUAAAGUUUAGAGUUUGAUGAUUGAAUACAAAGUUUGGAUUGUUUGAUGGUCUUACAAACAGAAUAAUAAUAGUUUCUCAAUUGUGUGUGAUUGAA